UGUUUAGGUAAUCUUUUAAACAGACGAUCUUAUUUUUGCUGAUAACAUGAGUUUGGAAUGCUGCCAACAACAGUUGCAUCGGCAAAGGAUGGCGGAUUUUUGCUAGAGAUGAGCGAGGAACAGAUUUCUAUAUAUAGUUGCCAUCAGGCAGCCCUCUCUUUCUUUCUCUCUUGCCAUAAAUAAAAUAUGUCAAAAGCAUAGUGGAAGUUGCGGGGCGCACGUUACAUCGACCAAACUGCACAUGAAACUGCCGGGAGGAACAGAAUCAUUGACGUUGCACGUGCUUUGCUUCCAUAACCACUGAGUUCUUUGGGGGGCUGAAGACCCAUAAUCUAUCUUUCUCCCUUCUUUUUCCAACUUCAAUCGAUGUGGGAACAGUGCACAGUAGUACCGAAACAUGAGUAAAAUGGAGGCCCGCAGAAGCUGGUCAAUAAGCGAGGAAUCCCUGCGAAGGUACGUCCACUACGCUAGUGAGAGUUGCAUACAAGACCUCCUAUCGGCGUCUGACCCUUCCAAAGUGGACGGAUGGAAGGUUGUCGCUCUCAAUGCCGGCGGAGUCGAGAUUUCCAAGAGAGACUCCUCUGGCUCUCACCCCGUCUUUCGCAGUCGUUGGCUGCUCAGAUCCGUCUCCGCUCAGCAGUUCAUAACAGUAGCCAAUGCAAUAGAUGCCGCAAGACAAUGGGAUCCUGAUCUGGUGGAAGCCAAGUACAUAAAGGAUAUUAAUGACAAUCUCAGCAUCAUCGCUCUCAGGUUCGGCGAUGCUUCCAAGCCACUUUUCAAGAAUCGGGAGUUCAUCGUCUACGAAAGGAGGGAGACCAUGGCCGACGGUACCCUGGUUGUGGCGGUGGCGUCGUUGCCGAAGGAGAUCGCGGCUGGGUUGCAGCCGAAGAGGGGCAAAGCGAUCAGGGGAUUGCUUCUUCAGUCGGGUUGGGUAGUUGAGAAGGCCGACGACGACGCCUGCCUGGUCACCUACGUCCUGCAGCUGGAUCCUGCUGGUUGGCUACCCAAGUUCUUGGCAAACCGGCUCAUCACAAAGCUUGUCAUGAUCAUCGACGACCUGAAGAAUCUGGUUGAAGAAUGCCCGCCCCUUGAUGGUAGUUCCCCUUCCUCAUAGACCAUCAUCACUUUCAGCCACGAUGUUAACAAGGAUCAUGUACCAUGUGCAGCCUGCCAGUGCCAUGCUUGUCCUUGUCGCCAUAUACACAUAACUCAAUAUAGUGUGUGCGUGUAUACAUAAGCAGAAUGUAGUGUAUGCACCCUGACUAUACAUAAGCAACUUGGCUUACUGUCA